AUGAGUAAACUACCAGAAAUUAACCCUUGCGAAGAAUCAAAAUUUCAAAGAGAGUCUACGAUAGUUUUGAAUGUUGGAGGUAUAAAGUUUGAAACGUAUCCUUCAACAUUAACUGCAUAUCCAGAUACUUUUCUCGGGAGUAUGUUUCUCGAUCGAAAUAAAACUCUACUUCACCCUCAGAAUGGCAAUGAAUACUUUUUUGAUCGGAAUGGUUAUGCCUUCCGAUACAUUUUAGAAUUCUAUCGAACCGGAAAACUGCUGUUAACCGAGAAAUAUUUUGAUAAACUCUCAUUUGUAACUCGGGAAGAACUUGAGGAGGAAAUUAAUUAUUUUCAAAUCCCAACCCCUUCCGAAACUAAUUUAACAUCUAAAUCUAUUCAUAUCGAUAAAAUUGUUGGUGAAAGAGUGAAUGAAUUCGUGAAAACCUUUGAGGAGGUUAUUUACGAAAUGAUUAAAAAUUAUCGCACAUGUUUUAAGAUAAAUUUUUAUAAUUCUUUAAAACAUCCCACGAAAUGGCUUGAAAAUCACGCCGAGAAACGAGAUUUCGUUAAUUCUGGUUAUGAUAUCAUGAAAAAUUUCAAUAAUGAAAUUUACAGUUAUUUUAAAGAAAAAUUUAAUGAUUUUUCAUGGGAGAUUAAGGAAUUUACUGAAUAUUUAAUAGUUGAAAUUAAAAAUAAAGAAGAAAUAUUAACAAUGUCGAAUUCAAAUCAAAUGGAAAUUGAUGGUAAAAUCACUCAUAGUUAUGAAAAAACAAUCAUAUUAAAUAUCGGAGGUAUCAAGUAUGAAACAUUUGCAUCGACUUUAACAGAACAUCCAAAUACACUACUUGGAAGAUUAUUUGAAGAGAGAUCAUCAUUACAUACAACCAAGGAAUAUUUCUUUGAUCGAAAUGGGUACGCCUUUAGAUAUAUUUUAGAAUGGUAUCGUACUGGUAAAAUCUUAUUAUCAAUAGGGACUGAUGAUUCAAAAAAAGCAUAUAUCACAAGGGAAGAAUUAAUGGAAGAACUUGAAUAUUUUCAAAUUCCAAUGGAAACUUUGAAGGAUCAUUAUAAUAAUAACUUUAUUAAUAACACUACUUUAAUUCAUAAGUUAGCGGCAGUGAAAGUUGAUGAAUUUAUUUCGGCCUUGGAAAAGUUAAUACAUGAAGCCAUGAGUCAAUUUUUAAGUAAAAUAGAAUUAAGAUUUUAUAAAACGAAUAGAUAUAUGAAAGAAUUUUGGGCUAAAAGUGAAUCCAUUGGAGUUUCAUGUUUAUCUAAAAUUAUGAAACCUUUCAGUGAUGUUGGAUUUUCUAUUUUAAAAAAAUUUGGCAAAGAAAUUGGUGAUUAUCUUGAGAAUAACGUCGUUGGGAUUGCCUGGGAAUACAAAAUCUGUGAUUCGGGUGAAAAAGAAUUUUGUAUUAUUAAUAUAAAUAUAAAAGAUGAAUAUUCUAAACCUGCUAUUCUUUCUUAUACGAGAUUAGCGAAAAAAUAA